AUGGCGCAUUCGAAGGAGUGGCAAAAGAUGCUCCGGGGCGAGCUUUACUGGGCUUGGGAUGCGGAUCUACAAGCCAAUCGGACGCGGUGCAAGCAGGCAUGCGAAGAGUUCAAUGCGGCGGGCGCGGCUACCCGGCGUCGCAAAGUAGAGCUGUGGCGAAACAUUGUUGGAGACACACGACCAAUACCCCCCGUCCACCCAGAUCCGAAGCAAGAUGCGGAUCUCUUCGAGACAACGGACCCAUUUGUCGACGGGCCCAUUUCAGUUGACCAUGGCAUCAACUUCACGGUCGGCCCGGGGACUUUCCUCAACUUCAAUCUUCUCGUCCUGGAUACCUGUCUCAUUACGAUUGGGGCGAAUGUCCUGUUUGGGCCCAACGUCUGCUUGUACGGGGCCACGCAUCCAAUGGAUCCGGCGGUGCGGCGGGGGGUGAAAGGUCCAGAGGCUGGAAAGGAGAUUCACAUCGAGGACGACGUCUGGAUCGGCGGCAGCGUGCUGGUUCUUGCGGGUGUGCGUAUUGGCAAGGGCAGUACCGUGGGGGCAGGAUCGGUGGUCACCAAGGAUGUUCCUCCAUUUCACUUUGUGGCCGGUAACCCGGCCCGGAUCAUUCGUCGCAUUGAGACCGAAAUGAAUCCAGAUGAGAGUCAUCAUGCUGCAGAGCUCUCUGUGGAUCGCGUCGAUGAUGAUGCAGCGUAG